AUGAGGAAUUAUUUGGAGCUCUUACAAUUUCUUACUGGUCAUGAUGAGAAAGUUAAGGCCAUUGUGUUAGAAAAUGCUCAAGGGAAUCUCAAGCUAAUAGCUUCAACAAUUCAAAAAGAUAUUGUGAAUGCUUGUGCCACUGAAACUAUUAAGAAAAUCAUUAAGGAUAUGGAUGAUGCAUUCUUCUCUUUAUUAGUUGAUGGAUCACCUGAUGUGUUUGUGGGCAUUCAACGUGUUGGCAACACUACAUCGAACUCACCAAAUGAGGCUACUGACACAUUAUUUUCAAGAGAGGAAUUAAGUAUUUCCAUGCUAAUAGGACAAGGAUCUGAUGGAGCUAGUAAUAUGAAUGCUCUUGUGGUCGUGGCAAAGGAAAAUGCUGAUAUUGCCACUUUCUUCACAUCUUGCAAUAGGUUGAUUGAUAUUGUCAGAGUAUCGUGUAAGCGUCGUGACAUGCUUAGAGAUCAACUACAAAAGGAUAUUACGAAAGCUCUUGAAAAAUAUACUCUUCCAACAUGGCAGGGCUUAAAUCAAGAAACUCCUCCCAAGUGUCCUGGUGAUACACGUUGGAACUCACAUUAUAGUACAUUACUCAGUAUUAUUUCCAUGUUCAAAUCUGUGGUGAAAGUGCUUAAAUUGAUUAUUGAGGAUGGCUUCACUGAUAAUAUAGGUGAAGUAAAUAGGUCAUUGAGAGAAAUACAAUCUUUUGAGUUUGUAUUUCACAUAUUUUUCAUGAGAUCUAUAUUGGAAGCCACAAAUGAUUUGUCACAAGCAUUACAAAGAAAAGACCAAUAUAUUGGGAAUGCAAUGACUUUAGUCAAAGAUUCUAAGGACCAACUACAACACAUGAGAGAGAAUGCAUUUGAAGCCUUGCUUGAUCAAGUAUCUUCCUUUUGUGGCAAACAUGAUACUAAGGUUUCAAACAUGGAUGAUGCAUAUGUAGCUUAA